GCCCGUGGUUUUCAGCAUGCCUCAACCGGUUUAGCACGCGACCGGGCACGCUGGGUUGCACCGAUUGUGCUGUUGGCACCAUGGAACUCCUGAUCGUCCUCGUGCUGUCCUCCUGUGCGGUGGACAUCGUGGACGCCUGGCUGACCGGAGAGGCCGGAGACAUCGUGGACGGCAUGAAAAGAGAAAAAUUCAUGAACGAAGCCAAGGCUAUUGUGAGAGCUCUUGAUGGUGGCGUUUGCCCCAGGAGUCUUCGCGAAAAAGUUUCCAAGGACGUACGCUACUUGCUCCCCCAGAGAUAUGACUAUGGCAUCGGUUGUGCAUUUGUGGAGAAGAACUUGGCAGGAUUGGAGGGGAAGGGCUGUCGCUGUCCCGGCUCUUUCGAAGUUUGUGCCACCGAACUGCGGUUCCGAUCGAUCCAUGAUCUGCAUGACGAGCUGUUGGCGCAGAUGUAUCCAGCACUUGGGUAUUGUCGCACAGGUGCCUGGGUUUUUGCUCUCAGCGGCGCGCUGCUUCUGGGAACAUUGGGAGGUGUGGCGGUGCUGCUGAAGAGGAGAGGCCGUGUAGAUGUCUCAAGACGAGAAGCAGGGCAAGCCCAAGCCAAAGCUGCUGCGGCUUAGAGA